AUUCAGGCGGCCUUACUCGAUAGCCAGCCUCUCAGCCUCACGCCAAUCGAUCCUACAACGACGCGCCUUAAAACGACCUGCUUCCACCCCGAACAAUUAUACAGCAGUUUAAGCGCCCAAGCUCUCUUAAUUAGCCAACAUGAAGCUGGUUCGUUUUCUCAUGAAAUGCGCCAACGAAACGGUGACAAUUGAGUUGAAAAAUGGAACCAUUGUUCACGGCACCAUUUCCUCAGUCUCCCCUCAGAUGAACACCGCCCUCCGAACCGUCAAGAUGACCAUCAAGGGUCAGGAGCCUAUCUCUCUAGAGACGAUGAAUAUCCGAGGUUCUACAAUCCGAUAUUUCAUCCUGCCCGACUCCUUACCCCUCGAUACAUUGUUGAUCGACGACGCCCCUAAGCCGAAGAACAAGGCCAGAAAGGAGGCAGAGCGGGGUGGGCGAGGAGGUCGGGGCAGAGGCGGUCCCAGGGGACGCGGACGUGGUGGAGGCCGCGGUCGCGGAGGACGGCCCUAAACGAGAAGGACAUGAGAAGAUUCAGGAGAAAUGACAAUAUGGGGAAAGGAUGGAGGCGCGCAUGCGCAUCGUUAAUGUGGAGUGGCCACGUUAUCGCGAAGAUAUCACAUUCAAAUGAAACCUGGCGUUCGGGUUGUUUGGCCAUUAAAACUGUAUGAACCCGCGUGGGGUGGGUAUCGCUUUUCUUGUUUUGGAAAGAUAUCUGAAUAUAUGCUCUCACACACCCCAAUUCCACCGCAACCUUUUUUUUAUUCUACGGCUUUUGAAUAGUCUCGCCAUAUCCGUACGAUCUGCAGCUUCUCCCAUCCGGCCUGUUUGCCGCUGUUCCCAACAGUUUGAGCCUGCCAUUCAGGCCCAAAUCCCUCAAUGCGACUCUUGACUCGAUCUGGCUUGUUCUGAGCGCAGAGAAGGAGGUAGGCACAGCCGCGUCGGGACAGGGUUUGGGGUAGUGCCUCGAUCAGUCUGUCUGUUGUCUCCAUACCAUCUAAGCCGCCUGCAUAAGAUAAGGCCAGCAGAUACGAAUCGUCGUCAAACGAAGGCUUUGUGCUGACUGCGAGGUCGUCUGCGGUAAACGAGUCUGGUCUGGCAGGCAUCUCAGGCGUGGGCACAUAUGGCGGGUUGAAGAUGAGGACGUCGAUGGUGCCCUUGCGCCAUGGAGUUGUGAGAUCUCCCAUACAUGAACCCAGAUAAAAUGCAUGUGAGUCGGGGUUGUCACAGGCUGCCUUUGCAACUGUUCCGACUGUAGCCCGGCAUGCAAAGGCGUUCAUGUCAACUCCCGCAGUCAGGACCUCACGUGUGCCAAAAAGCUUUUGCGCAUGUGCGUGGACAAAGGCGAGGACGACGCCUGAGCCUGUGCCGACCUCCACCACGAGCGGCGCUAUGUCGGGAAACGCUUUUUGGAGAUACUCGGUCUCUGCAGCUGAUGAGAGCGUGUCCAAGAGGAGGUAUGAGUCCUCAGCAGGUUCGUAGACUCGCUCAUAUGGGACGUGCGAAGUGUCUGGUGUUGGUAGCAUGAUGUAUAAUUGUCAAUGUGAGAAUGCGAUGUGAUUGUGGUGAGGCUUCAUUAGUAUUUAGAUCAUAGAUAGAAAACUUGUGAUGGCACUGAGUGGAUGCGGCACGUGAUAUAUGCUUAGAAUCAAGAAAUUAAGACUAAAUAGUUGAUAGAAACAGAAGACGGAUAAAGAGCUGUUGUUGGUGGAUCGCAAAUCUCUGGUUCAUAGCAGUGGCAACGUGCUCAGUUUCGAACUGAUUGCCUUUUGUUGGGUUAGAUACGAACAUAUCUGCUUCACUUGAAUCAGUAUGGAUGGAUAGUUUGGGGAUGCAUGAACCAGGCAGACAGGAACCUACAAUGGUUGCUGGAGAGAUUCCUUAAUCAAACCGGUAGAAAACUCCAGGAUUUCGAAGCUCGUGCAAAAGUCCGUCGCAACGAUCGCCUCAAAGCAUCGCACACUUCAUCUCGCAGCCCCAAUCAUCCUGUCCUGGCCCAACUCCCCAUUUGAUUCCCCAGCCCAUAUCCUCC